GAAUGAAAGAAAUCUUGCGCAACUGGAAAUGGACUAAAAGGAAUACACCACCUCACGAUUCAACGUCUCCAAUCUGGCUGAGUGUUGUUUGUUAUGCGGCAAAAAUUGCUAGAACCGCGGACACUCACCGUUGCGUUGGGCCCAGAGGGUCGGGCAGUUGCAGCCGUCGCUGGCACAUUUGUAAUGGUAGUGCAAGGCAAUCAGGUUCCUGGAAAAGGGUUCGGCGAAAAGUUGACCAGAUCAAUGCACCUCCACAUGAGACGGCCUUCAAGCUCAUAUGACACAGAAUCGAUGUCCCGUCGUCUUGAUCUGAAUGUGAGAAGGAUUUCUGCACGUGUCAAUGAUCGUUCAUUCACAGUCUUCCUAUUUCCGGAUGAUCUGGUUUUCAGAUGGCGUUUCACGGGCAUUUGCCGAGGAGAUGACUUUCUGAUUUCUUCUGUAGGACGACAUCAUUCGGCGGCCACCCACACCAGGGCAAACAAAGGCUCACUCCAAGAAGGAUGUCCUCAGCACACAGAUCUGGUUGACGGUACGAUCCUCAACAUAGUUGUGUGUCACAAAACAACCAGUGACCAGCUGAUGAUGCAAAGAUUGUACGACAAAGUGGUGAACAGACCAAGGCACAGCCAGUUGAACAUGAAAGAACCAAGGUCAAAUAGUGGACAGAAGGAUGGAUCUCUAAAGAAGCGGCAUAUUUCCACUGAUCUCGGAGGGACGCCUGUGAUUUCGCCGACCUACCGACCUGCCCGUUCGGCUGCAGCGGAAUGAGGACUUUUUAUUUAUCCGACAAGGCCGAACCAUCAGGAGGGCUUUAAACGGCCUUCACCUCUCUCUCACUGUCUCCUUCUCUGUCUACCCUGCCUCGUCUCUCCGUUGUCGAAUCUCUACAGAACAUCUUCGGACACGUUCCUCUCAUAUCGUCCAACCCUCUCCGACGACUCAACGAUGGUCAAAUAUGUGCCUCCACCCGAGGACUUGUCAAGUCUGAAUCCCGUACAGAGAUUCAUGAACAAAGGCCAACUCGAUCGUCAAGACUACGUUU